GUCAGUCGCGUGCACGAACUGUAUGUCAUCCGUAGCAUACUCAAGUGUUAGCUAGGGAUACACCAUAUUUUCAUAUUGGUGCAUAUAUAAAUAUACUUUUGUUCAGUAAGUUUAGCCCUCCCGCGAUGACGGACGCUCUUCUCUCCAGACUCUUCUCCUCCGAAGAAGAAGAGCUGUACAUUUUGGAUCGUAUGGCUUACUUUAUGGUUUUCAUGGGAGCCUGUACUUUCGUUACUUUGCUCUUCGAAAAUGUCCCAUACGGGCGAUAUGCUAGCAGCAAGUAUGGAUUUCCCGUUAAUGUCAGGUUUGCCUGGUUCGUUCAGGAGAUGCCUGCUUUCCUUGUGCCUCUGUGUCUGGUAGUCUGGACCUCCUCUGCGAAAACCUCAAUGCUACCGAAUCAGCUGCUCAUUGCCAUGUAUUUUUGCCACUAUGUCCAGAGAUCCCUUAUUUAUCCAUUUUUAAUCCGAGGAGGUAAAUCAACACCAUUCACCUCAUUCGCCCUGGCCUUUGUUUUCUGCUUCUAUAAUGGCUACAUGCAGAUCAGGUACCUGAGCCAUUAUGCUGAGUACCCUGCGUACUGGGUUACACAUCCAUGCUUCGUUGCUGGGUCUGUUCUGUGGUUGGUCGGCUGGCUGGUGAAUGUGCACUCUGACCACAUCCUGAGGAACCUGAGAAAGCCCGGAGAGACUGGUUACAAGAUUCCCACAGGUGGAAUGUUUGAAUAUGUGUCUGGAGCCAACUUCUUAGGAGAGAUAACAGAGUGGGCAGGCUUUGCACUGGCUGGUCACUCUGUUCACAGUGCAGCCUUCGCCAUCUUUACCACAGUGGUCCUCACCAGCAGGGCUGUGGCCCACCACAAAUGGUACCUUGCAAAGUUUGAAGACUACCCGAAAACCAGGAAGGCCUUGAUUCCAUUCAUAUUCUAAAAAAAGACAAGGUACUGUAUUUGUGUACAAACAGCUGAGAUGAACAUUCCCAUAUUUUUUCUAAUUUAGGAAAGCUCUGAUGUCAGAACAAACCUUGAAGAUGUUUUUUUUAUUCAUUGAGAACAGAUUGAAACACGGGCUUCAUGCUUGUAAAUGAUCUCAUCUGAGCUGCGAGCAAGCAACAGUUAAAGGCCAUCAUCUUAAAAAGAUUUUUAUUGUUGCCGUUACUUUGGUAAUAAUACCCAUAAAGCACCAGGAAACCUCAACAACCGUGAAGUGAAUGUGCUGGAAGUGUUGUGCCUGCAGGAGCAGCAACAUUUAGCGCUCCUCCAGAGGAAAUAAGAUAGUGAAUGGAGCAUACCUCAACAGUAAUACAGUGGAUUUAUAACGCUCUGUAUCAGCAGGAAACAGUUUUAAGACUUCUCCGCUGAUCUGCAUAUUCUCCCAGAUGGGACAUAAACCAGGAAAUGCAAAGCAGACAUUUAAAGUUUGCAUUCAUCCUCAAGAGUCAUCUGUCACAAAGCUAUCUUUUCAAAAUAAACAGACGAGAAAGGGAAGUUGAAUUAACUGCAACACGUUUUCCUGCCUCAUUGUGCUCCGGGUGUCAUCAGAGAGACUUUUCUACUCACCUCGUCAUCCGAAACUCCUGAUAGAGAAGCCACUUCAGAACAAAAGGUAACUGCCCUGUAAAGACUGAGACAGUAGCAGCCCUGUCCCCAUCUACAGGGCUGCAGGGAAAUCAAGUGGAGAUGGAGCAUGGCCCUCAAUAACUCACCCAAGCCUGAAAUGAGAAGAAGAGAGGGCAGCCUCAACACAUCAAUCCUGUCAGGGUUUCUCAGAAAGAGAGGAAGAAAUAAAAGGACUGGUGAAGAAAUGAAAGGGAAACGUAUCAUGGGAGUAUGUGACAACAGGAGAACGUUGUAUGUGUAAGUGACACUGAUUGGAUGAAGUUGUGUGUGAUUGAGUGAAAAGGAGAAAACUGGGAGAACAGAUAGGAAACUGGAACACUGAUGUUGAUCUUAACAUCUCUUUUGCUCUACUACUAUUUCACUAUCACAUUUACCAUGAGCCAAAUAAUCUUGUCAGUGUGAGUUAGGGCUUUUCUUGAAUCGUGUCUUAUUUUGUAGAUACUAAUAAUGUGACCUGCCUUACAUUCAUUGUUCCUCAAAAUAGGGUUAAAUCGGAAACAAGUGCAAUUAUCACUUCACUUUGGCAAAAUCUGUCUCAGCUUACAUUCAUAUACAAGUGAAAAUGGCACAGGCUCACUCUCUUAUGAAGCUAGACAGUUCAGAGUGUAACUGUAUAUAGAGGUGUGUAUAGUGUACCUGUUCCCAAAAGUGCAAGCUGUCUUCCCAUAACUCAUCAGUUCUCUCUUUCCCAGCGGAGGGACAUUUUCCAGCACCGGUCAUAGCCAAGGUCAUGUCAUUAUGAGUUUUAAAAAUGGGUUGUAUUGAAAAUAAAUGUAUUUUGUCACUGUUUUUACACUUGGUAUC